CACGAAAAUGGCGGAAAAUAUUCUGCGAGAAGCGAAAGAACUGUUUGAAAAACAGUUUAAAACCAAGCCUACGAUUGCAGCUUUUGCACCGGGGAGGGUGAAUUUAAUUGGUGAACACACGGACUAUAAUGAUGGAUUUGUAUUGCCGAUGGUAAGAGGGUAUAAAAUGCGAUAAGAAUAUUGAAUUAAAGUUAGCCUAUUAAUCAGCAAUUGGAAUUUUGAAAUGUACAAGCGUCGAUAUAUCUAAAAUGUAAGGCUAAAACAAAUAUUGGCGCGUUGAUAGUUAGCGUAUUUAUAAUUUUCAUAAUGUAAAUGUAGUGAGUAUUGAGUACAGUAAUUAAUUAUUUAAUUAGAUUUUUAUUUAAUAAACGACAGUAUUAAAUGCAAGGUAUUAAAUAAAAUUGUGCUCAAAAUAAAUAAUAAUUCGAAAUUUCAGGCUACAAAAUCCUUUGACAAACAAACAACAACACUUGCAGCUAAGGACAGGAAUCUAGUCCGACCUGCGAUCAGGCAUUCUUGGGAGACCCUAUUCUAACCCCUCUGCUCUAACCCCCUUCUCCCUAACCACUCUAACCCUACCCUAACCAUUUCGCUAACCCUUUUCCUAACCCUAUAGAGUUCAUUAAAACUUUAAAGAAAAAAAAUGUUUCCAAAAAACUAGAACUACUUUAGCAAAACCCGAACCACAACAUCGCACAUUACGGCCGCAUGUCGUACUCACUGAGCUACAGAGAAGCUUGCUGAUUACCAACGGAAAAAACCUUUUACAUAGUGUUAUAUUUAUAAAUAUCUAGGCCUGACUAUUAUUCCUGUCAUUAGCUGCAAGUAACAACAACUAGAACUCAUUGGUCUUUAAACAUGCAGGAAAUUUAUAUCAAUUCCUUGUCUUAGGCUCUUAGUUUAGUGACAGUUAUUGUUGGUAGCCCGGUAGAUGGUCCCCAGUGCCAAAUCGUAACCUCAGCUGACGGUGUUGAUGAACCCAAACUUGUAACAUUCGCUAACCACUCUGACGACACACCCCUUGCCCCUGCCAAACCAUUUUGGGCCAAUUAUGUGAAAGGAGUCAUCGCUAAUUUUGGUUUCAAAACUCCAUCAUUCAAUGCUGCCAUUGCAACCACAGUACCACUAGGAGGUGGGUUAUCGAGUUCGGCAUCCCUUGAGGUUGCGACAUGUAUGUUCUUGGAGCAGUUAUGUCCCGAGAGCAAGAACCGCAAACAGAAGGACAAGGCAUUAUUGUGCCAGAAAGCCGAACACGAGUUUGCAAACAUGCCCUGUGGUAUCAUGGAUCAAUGUAUAUCAGUCAUGGGACAAGAGGGCCAUGCUCUCCUAUUGGAUUGCAGGUAUUAGUGCAUUUCAGUAUUAACUAGUACAGGGUGCGAUCAUUCAAGAUUUCUAGUCGUACCUGACUGGUACGCCAAUGGUCGUUGCCGCGUACUUGCGCCAGAACAAACUCAGUACUCAAUGUGUACUUAGUCUUUAAAAUAAGGUUCAUAAAGUACAGGUUUCUGAAAAGUAUGUUCAGACUACGAGAUAGCAAACGGAGUUUUGCUAUUUGAAAAGGGAGUUUUGGUAUUUGAAACGGGAGUUUUGCUAUUUGAAAAGGGAGUUCUGCUAUUUGAAAAGGGAGUUUUGCUAUUUGAAAAGAGAGUUUUGCUAUUUGAAAAGGGAGUUUUGCUAUUUGAAAAGGGAGUUUUUCUAUUUGAAAAUGGUGUUUUGCUAUUUCAAACAACCGACUCCAACGUUUCUUAGUGCCAUCAGUGCAAUCAUGUUUCAUGCCAAGACAUCUCAGACACAUGAUAUACCAACUAAAUUAUGGUAUUGAAUACCUUGGACUUGGAAAGGUCAUGUGGUACCAGCAAAAAAUAAGUACGCAUAUAGCAAGAGUUCCGCAUACCUACGUGGUACGUGGCUGAAAACAAGGAAGUACCAGCCAGUAAUAUUGGCGUACCUCCGGUACGUAAGUACGCGAAUUAUCGCACCCUGUAGUACUGUGCAAGCUCCAGUUUUUCAGCUCUGGCCGCUAUCAAAUCUCGUAUGGACUUUUUCCACAAAACAGGGAAUGAAGUCUAUAACUGGAUUAUGGCAGAUAUUAUUCGGCUUAAAUUUGUCCCCAAGCUAAGCUGAUGUGAUGCUGCAAUGGUUUGAAAUAACAGAUAUGACUUCAGAUUAUAUGUAGAUAUAACAAAUUCAUUGUUACCAUUAUUUUUGUAACCAUGCAAUGCUAAUUCUACGAAAUUGUCACAUUUCUUGUCAUUCAGAGAUCUCCCCUUGACGAGUAACAUCUGUCUUUAGACAGGGUAACAUAAAGUAGGGGACAUUAGGUCAAAUUGCAACUAUAAAGGUACGCAUUGACAAGCUGUUAUGAUGAACAAUGGUCAAACAAACAGUGAAUAAAAUUGUCACCACGUCCAAAAGUCAUCUGGCAUCAGACACAAUAUGGGUGUGACUUAACAGUAAACGGCUAUUUAUCACAACUUUGUUCCACAAUCUAUGUUAUAUUGUAUAGGUCAAUAGAAACCCAAGCAGUUCCUUUAUCCGACCCAAAUGUUGCAGUUGUAGUCAUCAAUUCUAAUGUCAAACACAACUUGUCAGACAGUGAAUAUCCAAAGAGGAGAAAACGCUGCGAAGAUGCCGCAAAGAUUCUUGGUCUGAAAAGUCUUCGAGAUGCUUCAAUGUCCCUAUUAGAAGGCAAGGUUGCUUCCUAUUUUAGGCUUCUGAAACUCCAAGUAAACUAGUCUUUGUUCAUCAUCCCUAUUUCUCGGAAUUCAAUAUUACUACACUACGGUUAUAAGUAUAAAGUAUGCAUGAUAUUAUGCACCAAAAAUCUCUCAAUAGUAUGCACCAAAAAUCUCACAACUUGUCGACAAGAUGUGUUCGAAACAGGUUUGUAGCAAUGUUGUUAUUUUAUCAAGUUGCUACAAGGUUAAAUUGCAGGACGAUAAGAAGUUGUUGCGACAACUUGUAACAAGUCUACUGAGCUCAACAACCUUGUAGCAAGUCUUCAACAAACCGUUGACAACUUAUCAACAAGCUGGAAACAAGCAGUGUGAACACAUCCUGUUGACAAGUUGUUGGAACAGCACUGCUACAAAUCUGCUGCAGGUUUGUUACAACUUGUGCGUUUUUACAUGUGUAGUAGAGGUUUAAAAUUUGCGACCCUGUGUCAAUUGUUAAAACGAGUCUCAAUUAAUCGGUAAAAUGAACAGUGAAUUCCGAAAUAAUUGCUAUAGCUUUACAACAUUACUGUCAAUUUUGGCAUAUUUCACUUUGCAGGCAAGAAAUCAGAGCUUGAUGACGUCACAUACAGGCGUGCUCGUCACGUGAUUACGGAGAUACAAAGGACCCAAGACGCUGUGACAGCCCUACAGAAAAACGACUAUGAACUAUUUGGUAAAUUAAUGGUAGCGAGUCAUAAUUCCCUCAGGUAAAAUACGUUCAAAAAAUAGAUCAAUAAUCAGCUGACACAUAGUAAUGUCACGUAUUAAUGCCCAAUUAUGAAAUCAGAUCUGCCGAAGUCCUUGAUCUACUCUCUUGGAAACCUCUUAAGAUGACAUAAUCACAUAACCUCUUAACCUCGUAAGAUGUGACCAGCACAAAUUUAUCUUCAUAAAAUCCUUGAUUAACACCCAUAUCUUCCACUGAGCGUUGUGUUUUUCAUUCUAGAGAUGAUUACGAAGUGAGUUGCAGCGAGUUAGAUCAACUUGUCAAACUUGCUCUGGAGGUCGAGGGUGUAUAUGGAUCAAGAAUGACAGGAGGGGGUUUUGGGGGAUGUACAGUGACCUUAGUAAAGAAAUCUGCUGUAGAAAAGUUAACCGGACAUAUCAAGGUACACCACGUGAUGCAGACUUUACUUUUCGUAACUUACAUAUACAUACAUUACAUCCGGGCUUUUCAGUGACUGAUUGCAUCUACCUUGCUUAUCUGAUGUUUGUGAUGUUACUCUGAGUGUGCAUCCACACUGGGCAAGCUGAAAAGUUGACAUUGGUUUGGGCCGUCUCACUCGAUAGAACGUCUUUGUAGAUGACCUUUGACUUUGUUUCAUGUUGAACUGUACCUCACCGUGUCAAGGACAACUUACAGACGAACAAGUCAAACUUGGUUAUCGUUCCAUGUUUCACGCACCAAUAUAGAUUAGGGUUAGGGGUUAGGUAUUAGGGUUAGGUGUAAGGUUAGGGUGUGUAUAUAUGUGUAUGGAGGUAUUCAGUUAACUUUUCAGUACACUAUAAUAUCCAUUACAUAACGUUUACUAUAUUGGUGCGCGAAACAUGGAACGAUUACCUUUCACUUGUCAAGGGAAAUUUGACAAAGAAGCUAAGCCCACGUAACUGCGCUACCACUAGCGCCGAAGUGGUUUCCUUUUUCUUUGUCAAAUUCCCCUUGAUUUUAAGACUUGACUUGGUCACGUUCGCUUAUGUGGGCGAUCAAUGUCAAAUAAUCGUUCAGGGAAUUUGUAGAUGCAUAUGGAAAUUCGAUUACAGGCAGCCAGAGGGCCUAUAGUUGAAUUUUUCGCAACUGCUCCUGGUUAAGCUGGAGUAACACGAGCAACAAAAUUGCUGCAACUUGCAACAAAAUCUGAUUUCAACGCAUGUUAAUUGAGAAUGUUCACAUAUACAUUACAAGUCACGAGGCAACAUGUGUCAACAUUUCUACUUAACAUGCGUUUAAAUCAGAUUUUGUUGCAAGUUGCAGCAAUUUUGUUGCCCGUAUUACUACACCUUUAGGUCGAGUAAAUGUAUAAAAAUUCCAAAAACUCGAAAUUCCAAAUUGUCAUCAUUAUUCGACAUUGAUCGCCCACAUAAGCGAACGUGACCAAGUCAAGUCUUAAAAUCAAGGGGAAUUUGACAAAGAAACAGGAAACCACUUCGGCGCUAAUGGUAGCUCAGUUACGUGGGCUUAAGCUUCUUUGUCAAGUUUUGUCUGUGCGUUUUCCUUGCAUUACACCAACACAGCAAAUAUCAUGAUUAUUAGAUUACACUGAUAUCGAAGGAACUAGACUCAGUUCCGAAAUAUCACAUACUCGAACCGACCUGAGCAUUGGGCUAGUAUUCCAAAGGUCGUAGGUUCGAUUCCCACCGUGGCAAGGUAUAUUUUUCAAGCUUGCCCGCGGUGUGGACUGUGGAUAUACACUCAGAGUAACAUCACAAGCAUCUUAUUCACCUGAGUACAUUACACCAACAUAGCAAAUAUCAGAAGUCAAUGUGUUAUGUUUUUGUCUGAAUUUGUGCACGGUCACGGUGUUUGAGCUCAUUGUAUUUUCGUAUAAUGAAGUAAUCGUCAAAUAGGGAUAGCUGAGGUGAAAAGUGCAACCACGAUCAUACUAUUUUAAAUCAAGUUGAAAUAAAGGAUUUGUGCACGGUGAGGUAUACAGUUCAAGUUUAACAUCAAACAACAAAGGUCUUCUAUUUUGUGGCUUGAAGUUUGCCAGGCUUCUAGACCAUCAUAUGAAUUUUAACAGACCAUGAAAAAACACACGAGCCAAGAUGCUCGUUCUUGUACGUGGCUUAAUUCAGAAAAAAAACACGUCUCCACGUGAUCUGUUACCCUGGUUCCAGAGGUUUAAAAUAAACCUCUGGUUGAAAGCGGCAAUUGAUUCAUCGAGCCGCGCCAAUCAGUUUGAAUUAGGGUCAGAUCCUGACUCUGUCUCCUGAUUGGAUGAUUGUAUUUAAGCUCUCUGAUUGGUUAUAGAUGUUUUAUUUGAAUCAAUCAGAGAGCUUUAAUACAAUCAUCCAAUCAGGAGACAGAGUCAGGAUCUGACCCUAAUUCAAACUGAUUGGCGCGGCUUGAUGAAUCAAUUGCCGCUUUCAACCGGAGGUUUAUUUUUCCUCUCCCCUUCGCAAUGAAAAUAAUAAAAAUAAACCUCUGGAACCAGGGUAGUGAUCUGUGUGUAAUGAAAGAAGUUUUAAUUAAACUGUCUUUGUGUAAGGCUCUUAAGCCCUGCAUGGGCAAACUAGGAAACAUUGUUGCGGAAACAUUGUUUCCUACCAAUGUUUCGCCAUGUUUCCCAGAGUGGGCAAACACUAGGAAACAUUAGUGAGAAACAUAGGGAAACAUCAAAUGUUUCUGAAUUCGCUAGGAAACAUUUUUGCUUCUCGGGAAGCAAAUUGUGUUUCCGCAACAAUGUUUCCACGGGUGGGAAAACAGGGAAACAUUUGAGGAAACAUCGAGAAUCACAAAUGUUUCCCGACAACAAUGUUUCCUAGUUUGCCCAGGGCUUUAGACUUGUGCGGAUAUACACUCAGAAAAUUAUGUAGUAGUAAACUAUCUUUGUUUGUUGUAGGCUGGCUACGACAAGGCAACAAUUUAUAUCACAAGUCCAGCUUCAGGAGCAGGAAUACUGACUGUGUGAUAACAUGUGUCAAACUAAUUAAUUUAAUUAAUAUUGUUCUAAUUAGUUAAUUAUUCUAAUUGCAUUCAAUGAACGCAAUAUGUGUUAUUAAACGUGCGCAAACACGCCAUUUGGUUGUUGGGAAGCACGCUAUAAUUAAAUGAAUGAUACACGUUAAUUUAGACUCUUUCGUAUAUAUGUACACGAACGAUGAUAUUAUUUAAUUAAAAUAAUAUGUGAUGUAUUUAGGCUUAUGUGAUAUGCAAAUAAAGCCUCAUUCUGGCGUAUGACAAUUAUUGCUGACGCC